CGGCUGACAUAGUGCACACCACCACGGUACCACCACCCUAUCUGCUGCCUCGACAACAGUGCAGCGACAUUGCUGCCUCAGCAAAACGAGCCACCUGAACGGGCCGUCCGAAAGGACUCCUCUCCCUCUGCUGAUCAGCUGCCGGACAUCAUGGCGGCUAUCACGAGGAUAGAGCGGCCGGAAGAUGUUGCGAGUAAAGUCUUGCGGAGAGUGCAGGUCUCCAAGAUGACCCGGACGCUGCAGGAUCGUCUCGCACUGGCCAACGUCAAGAUACAAAAUGGCUGGCAGAACCUGAGCCUGGAUGCCAUUGAACCUCGAGUGGAAGAGCGUAUGAGGAGGAAACGACCGGCGUCGAGCAUCGAUACCGCCUCCGACACUGCCUCCACCACCUCCAGUCGGCUGCACUCCAGCCAUGGCCUGGCUUCGUCGCCCAUCACCGAACCCUUCUUUUCCGACGACUUGCCAAGAUCUGGUGGGAGCUUCAGACAUAAGAGGGUCAAACCUGCAGAGUCACUACAACCUCCUGUGUCAGGCGCAGUGACGGGUCGACGGACAAGAGGCGCUGCUGCUCGUCAAGCUACAUGGAAGAAGCGAGAGGGACUUCCGGAGUCUUCGCCUAUUAAGCACACCAAGCACACCCGCGUUCAGUCCUCGACAACGAACCGAACGCACAUAUCACAGCUAUCCUUCAUCUCCGAAGGCUCUACUAUUGCUGAAGAUCCGCCGUCUCCCGAAUUCAGCGAGGACGACGACGCCGAUCUACCCAUCACCAGCUUCCGCAUCAACGCUUCGACUCGCAUCACAUCUUCACCACCACGGACACCUCCCCCACAGAGGCGCAUCAGAAGCAUUAAUCAAGUGUCCUGGUCACGCACGCCAAAGGCGGAUGACGAUGGAGCAGAUCUCCUCAUGUAUCUUGCUACAUCUCCUUCUCCCGCCGUCGGCGCUUCCACCGCCAAGACGGUCAUUCAGCCACCAUCCACGCCGCCCUGCAAGUCCACACCUCUCCCCUCUUCACACAUGACUCCCGGUACAGCCGGGAAUGGCUUUCUCGGCUUUGGGCCACACACGCCUGGCGUCAAAUUCGACUUUAGCGAUUUCAUCAACGUCACCCCAUCACCUGCUCAAGGGCCAUGGAACCGCACACCUGUCGCUGGCAGAACUCCUGGCGCCUCUGCUCGACGGAAGCUGGACUUUGAUAAGCUCCUGCCACCUGUGACCAGUCCCACGAUGACUCGCAGCAGUCGUAGUAACCCUCUGGGAAUGGACCUGGGCGGAGACUUAUGAGCAUACCUAAUUUCAUGUGCACUGUUUUCUUAUGUCGAAGCUCAUGCUAGAUGCUAUGAUACGAUUCACGAUGGUGCUCGAGACCAAAGACAUGGAAGCACACCCGAAGACCAUCCAGUCUUAUGGCGCACGCACACACACGCACACGCACACACACACACACACAAACAUUGCCGCAUGCAACAAUUACUGCAAACUCUAGCGAGCGACUCUUUUUUUUUCUGCUUUUCUGGCGCGAGUGUUCUGUUAUGUUGGAAGGCGCACAAGGGCGGAAUAUAUACCCACGAAUGGACUGUCCUUGGUGACAUGUACGCAACAAACGAGGAGGAGAUGAUGGUUGAUGGACGAUUUCACAGAAUGGAGAGGGAAGAUGCGUGGAUGGGAAUAGCAGUGCGCGGCUCCGUGGAUCGGCGCAAAGGAAAAAUUGGAGGGAAAAUCCCUUCCGCUAAUAUGGAGGCGCGUGCGUGACGCGAACGCGUGAAAAGCUCGUGGGAAGGCGAAGGAACCUGGCAAUGAGUGGGCACGACGGGAGUGCAGGGCAGAAGAGGGUAGGAGUGUGUUGCUAGUAGCGUUCGAUAGCGAUCGUAAUGUGACAGAGGG